AUGUCCUCGCAUAAAUCGACGCGACUGCAGAGAACUACACAGCAGAUUCCAUUGUCGCCGCCCAUUGUAAUCAAUGCAAAGAACCUUGAGAUCAUCCAUCACCAGCCCCAACCGCCAGUCGUGCCUGUACGCCCGUCCUCGAUGACCCGUCUCAGAAAGCGCGCAAACUCGAUGGGAGCAACGUCGGCUUCGCACAGCGUACCCUACCCAGCGUAUCUUGCCCGUCAACCGCGUGAUCAUAAUGCACACGGUGGAGGUCGAGGUUCGCCUACUCCUUAUUCGACUCCUUCCAAGAAGACCAAGAUUUUGUUCUACGACAAGGAUAAGCCGUUCUAUGGGUUUACAAACUUUUUCCCCAUUCGGUCCGUUGUGUUCGAGGGAAGGACGUAUCCAACGUCCGAGCAUGUCUUCCAAGCGUACAAGUUUAUCGUUCAUCGACCGGGGCUUGCGGAACAUAUCCGCACGUUCUCCAAGAAUCCACGAGACGCGUUCAAUGAAGCUCGUCGGUUCCAGCCCGAGGUUCGAGAAGACUGGGCAAAGGUCAAGAUAGACCUUAUGUAUAAUAUCCUCAAGGCCAAAUUCUCCCAACACUCCAGUCUCAAACGCGAGUUGAUGAACACGGGGGAUGCAGAGCUUAUAGAGGACUCGCCAGUGGACGCCUUCUGGGGUUGCGGUGCGAAUGGCAAAGGAGAGAACCAGCUCGGUAAGACUCUGAUGCGGCUACGAGACUUUUUUCGCAGCAAGAAAGGCCUCCAGUUUUAA